AUGGGGAGGAAGCGUCUUUUCUUCUUGGUGCCGAGCUGGAGGAGGAAUCUUCGGACCUCGGCCCACGUGGCGGCGUCGGCGGCGUCGUCGACCCCCGACACGAACCCGCUCUCUGGCCUGGAGAGAGCGGGUGCGUUGGAGGGCAGAAGAGAGAACCACCGCUAUGAGCGUCGCAAGAUUAUAGACAAGAUAUCCUCUCACAUCGACUCGAAGAAAGCGAGCAAACUAGCCGACAAAGUGCUCGCACUCGCUCAAGAACUAGUCUCAUCGUCAAAAAGUCACAAACGAAAACACGAGCCUGAACGUGAGAAGGACUCGAAGAAAUCCAGACACGAUGACAAAGAGAAAGACCGUCAUGAUGAUAGAGACAAGCAUGAAGACAGAGACAAGGAUAGGCAUGAGGAGAAAGACAAGGAAAAAGAUAAAAAAAUAGGGAACGGUAUUGAGACGUUACCGCUGCCAGCGGCUUUGCCGGAAGGAGAGACCGUUGGGUCUAAGAUUGCUGUGUUAAGCGCUGACAGGAUCAAGCUAAUGAUGGCCAACGCACAAAAAGAGAUCGAAGAGCGUAAACGCGCGCUCGUCGCGCUUAAAGGCGAGAAACAGAACGUGACGACCGCGGCGCAGACCGCGCAGCAGAUUAAGGUUCAGAUGCAACAGCAGAACGCCAUCCCACCGCCGAGCGUUAUUAAACCCAUGCUUUAUUCUAAACCUGUGACUCCAAUAUCGGCUGAAGAGCUUGAAAAGCAGAGGAAGAUAGCUGAACUGCAGGCCAGGAUACAGAGGAAACUAGCUGGUGGCGCUUUAGCAAACACGGGCAGUGGCCCGGCGCCGCUAAUUCUGGACCGGGAGGGGCGCACCAUAGAUAUGAGCGGCAAGAGAGUGCAAUUGACACAUGUUGCGCCUACGCUUANAGCUAUGAGUCAUGGAACUGCUGCAACUGGUGCAGUAUGUAAUCAAAUGGUCUGGGCAUGUAAAUGUGACAUGACGCACUUGCCGGCGUCGUACUAA